AUGGGCAGUCUGCGAGAGCUGCAGCAAGCCCUCCAAGAGAAAAACACCGAGAUGAAAAUGAAGGAUAGCCGUAUCUUGGCCUUGGAGCAGGAAUUGAAAAGGAGAAAUCAGUUGAUCCGCCGACUCGAGAGCGAGUUAGACAAAUAUCGUUCUGUACUCCAACCGGCCGUAGCAACUCGCACUCGAAAUCAACGCCAAGGAAUUUCAGCUGAGCCACAAGGCUACAAAACGGUCACCGAUGCCUCUCAGCCACCUAAGAGACACAACAAAAGUUCCAGAUCUAAGGAACUUAUUAAGGAUGCAAUUUUGGACAAUGAUUUCCUCAAAAAGUUGGAACCAUCACAAAUCCGUGAAGUUGUUGAAUGCAUGUAUGAGAGGAAAUGGAAAAAGGAUGAAUUUCUUAUCAAGGAAGGAGAAUCAGGAUCACACCUUUAUGUCCUGGAAGUUGAGCACAAGUUAACAUGGGAUGAACAUUUAAUGGAUGUUAAGAAGAGUUUUGCUAGCAAACUAGACCUGUUAAAACGAUCUAGAUUCUUGCUAAAAGGUGUUUUGAGAGACUUCUACUUUAAGGUUAUUUGCCCUCUGUUAAAUACGGACUAG